UUUUAUGGGAAUUGCUUAGCCACAAAAAGUAAAAACGUUUAAAUAUCUUUACCUCAAAGGCUCUUCUUUUUCUCUAUUUCUCUCUCUUCAACCCAUUGGAGGGUUCUCCGAAUAAUGGUAUCUUGUCUGCAACCCCUUCUCUUCAAGCUGUGUCAGUAAUUAACCCCAAAAGCUACCAACGCCAUUACCUCAAAUUUAACCCAAAAAUAAAAUCAAAUCAACACCUUCUUCUCUUGUUUUUCCUUAGAAGAAUCAAAUUUUGGCAUCAAAUCUGAGGAAAAGGAAUUGAAAGAUGACGAGGAAGAAAAUUCAGAUCAAGAAGAUCGACAACAUAGCAGCAAGACAAGUAGCAUUUUCAAAGAGGAGAAAAGGGCUUUUCAAGAAGGCUAAAGAACUUGCAAUUCUUUGUGAUGCUGAAAUUGGCCUUCUUGUUUUUUCUGCUUCUGGCAAGCUCUUUGACUACGCAAGUUCAAGUGUGCAGGGGCUGCUUGAGAAGCACAGCAGUGUCCAUUCAGAGAACCUUCCAAAUUUGAAUGAACCAUCAGUGGAGUUUCAGCUAGAGAGUAAUAUCCGAGCCAAGUUGAACGAAGAAGUCGAGAAAAAGAGGCACGAACUAAGGCAAAUGAAGGGAGAGGAGCUUCAAGGAUUAGGGCUUGAAGAGCUGAAGAAAUUAGAGAAAUCUCUUCUUGGAGGACUCAGCCGUGUUGCAGAAAUGAUGGAUGGAAGAAAUGCUGAAUUGAUCUGUGAUAUUGGAAGGAAGGUUGAUUUGCUGAUAGAAGAAAAUCAAAGAUUGAACCAACUUAAGGUGGAGAAAAUGGCAUACCAAACACACAACAUGCAAGGCCAUUCUUCUGAAUCAAUAGUCAAUAAUUCUCAAGAUUAUGAUAGCUCUGAUACAUCUCUCAAAUUGGGAUUGUCAUUUCUUGAGCAUUGAAUUUUAUUGCUACAGAUUGGCACCUGAAUGAACACAAAGAUCUGCCAUUUUCUUUUGGAAAUGGGUGCAUUUGUUGGUCAAAAGAAUAAUAAAUAUGGUAGAUCAAGUGUGAAUGUAUAUGAUUUACCCAAGAUCGUACCUGUAACUCAUAACUAAAAUUUAUGUACUCUGAUAUAUAACUUACUAACAUAAAAUUGCUCAAAUUUGUUAAGGAAGAUGGUGUGUGUAAUACCUAUUCACUUCAUUAUUUUCAA